AGCCGUUACAACAAACUUCACCGCUCGCUGCGAAUUCCCGCUAAUGCUCUUGACUUGCACAAGGUGUUGAAACCUACGAGCCAUAUGACCGAGCAUCGGCACGGCCUACCAGAAAGUGUGCUCCUUGCGUUGCCGGACGACCAGCGCGUGGUACUACAAGGACGUUCUCUACAACAGGCUCUGCGCAACUGAACUCUCAUCGUCAAUAUGCUGCCUAAUGAGCUUCUCGUCGAGAUCUUUCAUCUCGUCGCGGCGGUGUACGACGGCAAUAUAUGGAAGAACAGGGCCAUGGGCGUAUGCCGCUGUUGGCGAGACAUCAUCCUGAAGACACCCCUCCUAUGGAACGAAAUCGACUUGUCGAAGGACCCGCAAUUCGUGAGGCUUUGUCUGGCACGUUCAGAAGACACGAGCAUCAGCCUUUAUCUUGCCAUGCAAAGCCCCCAUCCCAGAAUCCUGGCAAUACGCGACUUCCCUGCGCUCGUGUCCCUGCUGGAGUUACAUCAUCCGCGGAUCUCACACGUCGACCUCUAUGUUGAUUGGACCCAGGCGGAUCACCAGCACGAGGACCCAGGAGCGAUGUUGAGGAUGCUGGAAGCCUGCUUACCGGCGCUGGAGUCGAUGUCUCUGGUGACGGGGCCCGGGCUUUCUUUGCGCUUGACGCGGAACUACCUUCCGAGGAUCCAGAGCCUCUCACUUUCUGGCGUCACGAUCGAUUGGACCAGCUUGCCACUGCCGAAUUUGACGUCCUUGAAACUAUGUGACGUCAUACAUCCCGACGCCAGCCACCCUGGCUGCUUAGCCUCCCUCCUCGAUGUGCUGGAUACGUGCAAUGGCUUGGAGAACUUCACGUACGAGCAGUGGCACGCGGUUCCAGGGCUGGAGCCAGUCGCAGCAGUCCACAUCGUAUCGUUGCCCCACAUGCAGCGGUUCUUCGUCUCCGGCUCGCCAAGAGACAUCUUGGAAAUCCUCACACACAUCUCUCUGCCGCGGGGUGCCCACCUCUCUGUCGAGUUGUUUGAGCUCGGAGCUGACCAAGAUUUGGACAUCGAGCAUCUACCGAUCCUGGCGGCUGUCUUGCCACGCAGUGCCACACGCUUGCCUGCCCUUGCGGACGUGCGACACCUCAUGGUGUGGUUCGAGCAGUUCAAGCUCACCAUCUAUGCCGAUGAAGAUCGUACGGAGUUCUGGGAGUCGCAGGCUUGGAAGACGUCCGAUUACAAAUGUUCCCCCAGCGACGGAGAUACUCCUGUCAUGCCGGCUCUUUGCAUGGCAUAUCACCUCCCGGGCUCGGAGGUCGACCAUUAUCUCCUUGUCAACGUCAUGCGCGAGCUCGGCCAGUACUUCUCAUCGAGCCUGGAGACGCUCAUCGUCCACGGGAUUAUGGACAUCGUCGAAACGGAAACGUGGGCUGGUGUGCUCGCGGCCUUCCCCCAACUGGAGUACCUGGAGGUCAUCUCGCGAGAGUGCGACAUGAAGUACUUCCCGGCCGCGCUCGAGCCGACGCCGACCGCGACCCCCUGUCGAGGUUUGCGCAAGCUCGUUCUGCGGUACGAGCCGAAUGACGAGGAUGGCGGUCUACAAAUGCUCAACGCUCUUUGCGUCGCGUUGCAGAAGCGCGAUGAGGCUCACUGUCGGUUGCAGUCGCUCAGCCUACAGGUGGAACCUGUAACCAUUGACACAAUGUACACGCCUUCGACGGCUGUCAGCCGUUUGCCAGCCGAUUUCGAAGAUAUACAAGAGAAAUUGGAGAUCUUGGUCGACUCACUGGAGGUCAUGCUAUUGAUCGAUGGCGAUUAGUGGAUCAACCGGAACAGCGGUAGUAAAUCGAGUGAGUGUAACCUAGUUGCGUGGUCCGC